GUUGUGCUUCCCCAGGGUUUGGAGAUGUGAGUAUCGGACACUACUUGACAUCACCGUGGCCGACGAGAACCAGGCCUGCUAUUAAUUAAGAUUUGACUAAUUUCGAGACCAGUUUCGAAAGUUUACUAAUUCCUUGUUUGUAAAUGCAAGAACAUGGAUUUUAGAAUGAAAACAUAUGUUUUACAUACUUUUGUUUUAUGCGAGUAGACAAAUGUGAAAAAAAAACUUUUAUUGCACUUUUUUGAUGGACAAAAAUAUGAGGAUGUUAAUCCCGUUAAAUAUCGGCUUUAAAGAAGAAAUAAUUUUCAGACAACUUAGUGAAUUUUCCAUUUUAUUAAUUCCUCACUUGUCGGAGACAUGUCGAGCGAGGAGCUCGAGGAGGACAUGGAAUCGAUUGACGUUCCGGUGGGCUUCGCGAACAAAAGGUUGCAAAGGAUAUUCGCUGCGAAAAUGUAUGUCAUCGUUGCUAGCCAGAUUGUCAUAAUAGUUCUCAUCGUCGUAGGACUCACAUCGAACGAAGAGACAUUAGAAUGGGCGGAAACACACCCACAGUUCGCCAUUCUAGCCGCAACGGUUUUUGGCGUACUUGGUGGUGGGAUCACCUUCUCCGAACACCUCAGAAGGAGAAGGAAUCCACACUAUAGAAUAAUCUUUCUCCUUUUUAUGACGAUGUGUUUAGGGCUGGUCGUGACGAUAACCGCCGCGGUGCCCGCACUCGACUCCGUUUACGUGUCUCUGUCUUCCGCGUUCGCAGUGGCUAUUGUGAUGUCCAUCGUGGUCAGGUGCUCGUCGUUAAAUGUGACCGGGUGCAAAAUCUACUACGCCCUCUUUUUCAUCGCUGUACUCGCCAUGGGCAUCUCAUCCAGCAUCGGAAUUUUCAUGAACAUGGAAACCCUACAUAUUGUGUACUCCUACGUCUCCGUCAUCCUAUUCUCAACCUACAUGCUUUGUACCAUUCAGUUGAUCGUGAAGGAAAAACUUGGCGACAUUAAAGGCCCUGGUGAUUAUAUUCUGGCCGUCUUAGUCCUGUAUACAAUUGUCAUGGAACUUUGCAUUGCGUUGUUUCUAGCACUCUACAGAUGUUGCCGUCGCUGUCGCAAUCGAUCGUCGUCCAUUCAAGGAAGUUGAUGUACAAUUUAUUGAAAUUAAAUAAAACAAACAUAUGAUCACAAACAUUA